GUGCAAGGUUGUGUUGUGUGGAAUCCAACCAUGUGUGCAAUUUGCGGCAAUUAUGAGCGCGCGAUGAACUGUUUUGAUAAGAUAAGAGCAAAAUAUUGUGAAAAAUAUUAUAUGAUUAGUAGAUACUGCAGCUAAAAUAAUAAAUAAUAAUAUUUUUUUUCUCAUUGCCAAUAUUAUUGGCGAAAACAAAGGUACAUAAUAAAAAUAAACCGCAUUCAACGUCAUCGUCUGACUUGUUGUCGAAAACGAAACGCCAAUAGCGGCAAAAACAUUAUCACCUAAAGCGCAUUCGGGCCGUUCCUAUUUCUAAUGAAUAAUGUUACCAAAAGUCGUAAUAUUCAAUUAUUUCAUAUGGCUGUUUUCCAUACACGGGACCUGUUUGGCCAUCAAACAUCCAGUCAUUCUGAUUCCUGGCGAUGGAGGUAGUCAAAUUGAAGCAAAAUUAGAUAAACCCAGUGUAGUACAUUAUUUAUGUGAUAAAAAAACCGUGGAUUAUUCAAACAUUUGGUUGAAUCUAGAACUUUUAGUACCAUAUGUUAUAGACUGCUUGAUAGAUAAUAUGAGACUGAUCUAUGAUAACAAUACACGUACUACCUAUAGUCCGCCUGGUGUUGACAUUAGAGUAGCUGGAUGGGGAAACGCCACUGCUGUAGAAUAUAUUGAUCCAAGUUUAACCUCAUUUGGAGCCUACUUCAAAACUAUUGGCAACGCAUUAGUCAGCGUUGGUCUAGAGAGAGACGUAUCAAUUCGAGGAGCUCCUUAUGAUUUCAGAAGAGCUCCGAAUGAAAAUGCUGAAUUUUUCAUUAAGCUUAAGACCCUAACAGAAGAAACAUAUGCUCAGAAUAACAACACGCCCGUUGUUUUUAUUGUGCACAGUAUGGGUGGCUGUAUGUCUCUUCAAUUUUUGCGCAACCAAACACAAGAGUGGAAAGACAAACACAUCAGAGCAUUGGUAUCUUUGGCUGGUGCUUGGGGUGGAGCCGUCAAAGCGUUAAAAGUUUUCGCUGUAGGCGAUGACUUAGGAGUAUAUGUACUCAGCGGUAGUGUUUUGAAAGCAGAACAAAUAACUUCACCUAGUCUAGCGUGGCUAUUGCCGUCCCCUUUUUUUUGGAAACCAGAUGAUGUACUAGUUCAGACUGAAAAAACAAAUUUUACCAUUAGCAAUUACAAAUCAUUUUUCGAGGGCAUUAAUUAUAUAACAGGCUAUGAAAUGUGGCAAGACAUAAGAAAAUACAAAGAUUUCGGACCUCCCGGUGUCGAAGUCCAUUGUCUGCAUGGUAGUACCGUUACUACAGUCGAAAAAUUGGUUUAUGGACCUGGUAAAUUUCCAGAUAAAUAUCCCGACAUAAAAUACGGCAACGGUGAUGGUACUGUAAACAUGAGAAGCCUCGAAGGUUGUGUUUAUUGGGCUACUAUGCAAAAGCAAAAAGUAUAUCAUCAAGUUUUUCCUGGUGCCGAUCAUAUGACAAUUUUACACGAUGAACGAGUGAUGGAUUAUAUUAGUCAACUCAUGGAAAAAUUAUAAAUGAUAGUUUAUCAUAUUUUUAGUCCGCAGACUGACGAAAAAACACUCCUUGUGAUUUUAAGGGAAUGUCAAGAGAGCUAUUGAUCAAUUUAAUGUUCACUAAUAAGUUUUUAAAGCUGUUCCUUAGGCUAAAUACUUUACGGUGUUUAGGACAGAUACAUUAUAUUUGCUCAGUAUAACCUAGAAUAGAAACUGAAAUAUUAGUUAUGGAUUCAAAACACACUAAGUUUUAACUUAUUAUUGUUGGGUAUACAAUUGUUAUUAUAGUAAUAUUUCAUUGAUAUAACCUCUAAAUAUGUUACAGCGUUUUUUUAAUUAUUAUUAUUGUAACCAUUUUUAUUUUUUUGUUAACUUUAAAUAACCAUUAUGCGACUUGAGAAUUUGAUAACACUUAACACCUAUUUAACAGACAAAUAGUAUCAUUUUUCAUAAACCAUAAUAUAUUAUUCACUUUUAGCAAAAUGUUAAAAGAAAACUUUAAAUUGUAUGUACAAUUUCGCUUGCUGCUUACACUUCUAACAGUUGUUAAAAGUUCAGCUAAUGUAAUAAAAAACGUGUGUGUGUGUAUAAAUAUAUAUAUAUGUAUAUAUUAGGUCAUUAUCGAAAUCAGCUUUGAAUUCAACAAUUAUUAUUAGACAAUA